AUGGACCCAAGUCCAGAGUAUGUAAACAGAGGGACAGAUCCGGUUCAAGUGCGAAAAGGAGCGAAGCCUCAAUCCGAUCCACGACCAGCAGCUAUCAGAUUUUAUCUCCCUCUGAAUGUCGCCCUGUACACGUGCUUUGCGUCACAUCUGCUCGCUGCUCUUUAUGCUCCAAUCCAGGACUGUGACGAGACGUUCAACUACUGGGAGCCAUUGCACUAUCUGACCCAUGGCUAUGGCCUUCAAACAUGGGAGUAUUCUCCCGAAUUUGGCAUUCGCAGCUGGGCAUACAUCGCCAUCCACGCUAUUCCAGCCAAGAUUUUGAGCUUCGUUGAACAGUCCAAGACCUUUGAGUUCUAUGCUUUGCGAACCCUCCUAGCCUUCAUCUGUGCAGCGAGCGAGGUCCGGCUCUAUUCGGCCAUAUCUCGAGCUCUCAAUCCGAGGGUUGGCAUAAUAUACCUGAUGAUUGUCGCCGUCACUCCCGGUUUCUUUUAUGCUUCAGCUGCCUUCUUGCCGUCCAGCUUUGCCAUGUACACAUCCACCCUCGGCCUGACGUGCUUCAUGGACUGGCAUGGCGGUCCAAAAACCGCAACAGGCAUCAUGUGGUUCGGCAUUGGGGCUUUGCUUGGCUGGCCCUUCGCCGGAGCUCUCAUCCUGCCAUUCGUCAUUGAGGAUUGGCUGAUUGCUGUGGUAGGUCGAGUGGACCUUUUCGACACCUUCAGGAGGUAUCUUGACGGCGCCGUCCGUUGUCUGGUUGUUUUGGCCUUGCAGGUCAGCAUCGACACAUUUUUCUACCACAAGGUCAUUGUCGUCCCAUGGCGCAUUGUGGCGUACAAUGUCUUCGGUGGCAAGGACCGUGGUCCGAACAUAUUUGGAACAGAGCCCUGGGACUAUUAUGUCCGCAACCUGCUCCUCAAUUUCAACAUCUGGUUCAUUCUCGCUUUGGGAUCGGGGCCACUGCUUUUCUUCCAGUGGAUCGUCUUGAGACAACAUACCACGAAACAAUCACUGCUUAGGACGUUGACCUUUAUCACGCCGUUUUACCUCUGGCUGGCGAUCUUCACUGCCCAACCCCACAAGGAAGAGAGGUUUAUGUUCCCAGCCUACCCGUUCCUUGCCUUGAACGCUGCCAUGGCAUUCCACUCGCUUCUGGCGUGGGUUGGUUCGUCGGAUUCGGUGAUUUUUGGCAGAAUCCCGGCCAAGCUGAAACUGGUCGCUAUUCUGUCCACCGUCUUUGUUGCUGUCAACGCUGGGUUGUUGCGAAUCAUCGGCACAGUCAGUGCCUAUCGCGCGCCUCUGCAGAUCUAUGAAGCCCUCGAAACUGCGAACGCAACGAGAACUGGCGACACAGUCUGCUUUGGUAAGGAUUGGUAUCGAUUUCCAUCGUCUCACUUCCUGCCUCACGAUAUGCAUGCAAAGUUCGUUAAGAGCGAAUUUGAUGGACUGUUGCCUGGAGAGUUCCGUGAGGCCGGAACAGGAUUUGGGUUCUUUCCGGGGACUUGGCUCGUCCCUUCGGGAAUGAAUGACCUGAACCGAGAGGAUCCGGGCAAAUAUACUGAUGUGAAGCACUGUACCUACCUGGUUGACUCUUACAUGCCUGGCACUGAACCCACCGAGCAUGAGCCACUGUAUGUCAUGGAUGAUGGCUGGGAAAGGGUUACGUGUGCCCCGUUUCUGGAUACCGCCAGGACGGGAAUCGUGGCACGGACAAUUUGGAUUCCAGAGGUCUCAGUCAUUCCACCCAAGUAUCGUCGACAUUGGGGCGAGCACUGUCUUUUGCGGCAAAGGCAGAGCAUUGCGAGUUGA